CGGGUUCUGAGGGCCGCGCGGGCUGCAGCCCGUGGGCAGCGUCCAGGAAGAUGUCUGGAGAACUUCCACCAAACAUUAACAUCAAGGAACCUCGAUGGGAUCAAAGCACUUUCGUUGGACGCGCCAAACAUUUCUUCACUGUAACUGAUCCCAGGAACAUUCUGUUGACCAACGAGCAACUGGAGGCGGCGAGGAAGGUAGUCCAUGAUUACAGGCAAGGAAUUGUUCCUUCAGGUCUCACAGAAAAUGAAUUAUGGAGAGCAAAGUACAUCUAUGAUUCAGCGUUUCAUCCUGACACUGGAGAAAAGAUGAUUUUAAUAGGAAGAAUGUCAGCUCAAGUUCCAAUGAACAUGACCAUCACAGGUUGUAUGAUGACAUUUUACAGGACCACACCAGCCGUGCUCUUCUGGCAGUGGAUCAACCAGUCCUUCAAUGCCGUGGUCAAUUACACCAACAGAAGUGGAGAUGCCCCCCUCACUGUCAAUGAACUGGGAACAGCUUACGUUUCUGCAACGACAGGUGCUGUAGCAACAGCUCUGGGACUCAACGCGUUAACCAAGCGUGUCUCUCCGCUCAUAGGACGGUUUGUUCCCUUCGCUGCUGUAGCUGCGGCUAAUUGCAUCAAUAUUCCAUUAAUGAGGCAGAGGGAACUCAAAGUUGGCAUUCCUGUCACAGAUGAGAACGGGAACCGCCUGGGCGAGUCAGCAAACGCUGCCAAACAAGCCAUCACGCAAGUAGUUGUCUCCAGGAUCCUGAUGGCAGCCCCUGGCAUGGCCAUCCCUCCAUUUAUCAUGAAUACUCUGGAAAAGAAAGCCUUUCUCAAGAGGUUCCCAUGGAUGAGCGCACCUGUUCAAGUUGGAAUAGUUGGCUUUUGCUUGGUAUUUGCUACACCUCUGUGCUGUGCUCUGUUUCCACAGAAAAGUUCCAUGUCUGUGACAAGCUUGGAAGCUGAGCUGCAAGCCAGGAUCCGAGAGACCUACCCUGAGUUACGGCGUGUGUACUUUAACAAGGGGUUAUAAAGCAGGUUAAGGAGCAUCUUCAGAGGAGCCUGCCUGCCGUGAGCCUGGUGUAGCCAAGUUGGAGAGGAAUAACCUGGGCGGCCGGGUUCUCGUGGUGACAGAAACCUUUUAAAGACCCAUAGAAGCCUUUAGAGUCCAGCUGCUACUUAUGGCACAGCUCCUGGGGGUGGUCUAGGGGCCUCACCUGCCAGCCCCCGCCCCUUACAUUUGAAUCAUGAUAUGAUUUACAGACACCCUUCCUGUAGCUUUUAUAGUCACUGUUUUUUCAAAGACAAUGUCCUGACUCACACCCAGAGUUUCCCAGAGCACCGCUAGGCAUAGAGUUAGAUGUUCAGUCUACUGAUUGUCAGUCAGUGAAAAGGAAAUCUGUUUAAAAUACUGAAAUUUUAUCCCAUUCUUGUUUCAAAUCAAGGAGAGCUGAGUAGUGAGUUGAGAAAACACGAAAGCCCUGAGGCUAAACUGUAAAAAAAAAAAAAAAGACUCGUAAAUAUUAAGGACAGUUUGCUUUUCUGCCCAGGUUGGGCAGGAGGCAACCUGAAGUAGAAGAUGAAUGUUUUGCAUUUGUAGGAUGAAAGCUCCUUCAUAUACCUCCUGAAAGUCAAAUAGACAAGUGUGAUACAUAGAGGCUGCUGUCAACAUCUGUAAGCGUUCCUAUUGCUGGUCGCUUUCUUUGAUUGAAUUUUAAAUUUAUUCCGUUUUAUAUUAUGAAGAUAUUAAUCUUACGUUGCACUUGUUGACUUUAUAUUCAGUCAUUUAAAUCAACUAAUUAAGUAACUGAAAUGCACAAAUGUCAAAUUUUGGGAGUCUAUUCAAAACCAGCACUACAUGACUGGGUUGAAUCUGGCUUUUUUUUUUUUUUUUAAGAAUCAAGAGGCCUCAUCUACCUGCAUCUCUUUUCUUGUUGUCCUAUGAGAUCUCUUUGGCUUUCAGAAAGCUACAGAAAUGAUGUGUAUGUGAAUCAGUGACUCAAUGGAUUUUACUUGAAUGUUGUAUAUUACAUUCCACCGUGUUUGAAAAUAACCAGCCCAUGGACCACUGUUUACAUCACCUGUCCUAGUUUCACAAGUAAUGUAUUCAAUGUAACAGAGAUUAUGCUGUAAUUCUAUAGAGGUUCAAAGGCAUAUGUGAGGUGGUUAUUUCAGUAAGUGUAGACCACUCAAUACGAUGUGUAAUUCAGAGACCUGUAAGUGGAAACAAAUGUAGAAACCAGUUUGGGCGGAUUUUUGCUGACGAUGUGAGCAGACUGAAUUUCCUCAUGAAGGCAGGAUGGCGUGCCUCGUGUCUGUGCCUCUCUUUUCUCUGAAACAGUGAGUGGGCCCGAAGCUGGGCUACUCUGGGCCCUCCUUUUGCUGCCAGAGCUUUCUCAUGCAGGCUUUCUGUCUUAAGCCAUUUGAAGCAAAAGAGCUUCCCCGUGACAUUCUGACCUUGGACGUCUUUUGUUGCCAUCUUUGCUUCUCUUUAAAAAUUGGUAAAAGCUAGAAAUUUGAGGCAGAGCUCCACGAGGUGCUUAAAGGGCACUUUUAACAAGAAACUAAGGCAACUUGAAGGGUUUCCCCAGCGGCUCAGAUGGCAAAGAGUCUGCAGUGCGGGAGACCUGGGAUCGAUCCCUGGGUCAGGAAGAUCCCCUGGAGAAGGCAAUGGCAACCCGCUCCAGUACUCUUGCCUGGAGAAUCCCAUGGACAGAGAAGCCUGGCGGGCUGCAGUGCAUGGGGUCCCAAAGAGCCGGACACGACUGAGUCACUAACGAUUUCACACUCAAGGCCUUGAAGCCUCCACCCCCCCCCACCCCUGCCUCCAGCUAACCUCAGAAUUCUUAGCCCCGGAUCAUUGGCAUUUCCAUGUUAGUCUUAACCUUCAUUGAAAAAUGAAUGGCUGGUUGAAAGGUUGACAAACUGACCAAACGUUUAAUACGUACCAGGAUGAGAGAACCAGAGCCUCGUGACAAAAGGGAACGAGGCUGGAGAUGUGUCUUUUUAAACGUUAUCUGCUGAAGCUUCUGAUUUUUGAUGCUUCUAUAGAGAAAUAUAAACUGUAAAGUUGAAUCAUGGUUUAUCAAAAGGAACAAAAUGAACCAAGGUUGGCAGUCUUUGCUGAUCUCUUAGGAAUACCUUUUCUGGAGAAAAGUUGACAUGAAGUGCAAUAAGCUUAUAAAGGUAAAUAGUUAUUAAUAUUUUGGGUAACAUAAUGAAUUAUAAGUAUGAAUGACUGGCAGCUUUUAUUUCAGUAUUAGCACAGUGUCUAGCCAGUGUUGGAGUCCAUGUAUUAUUUCAUUUCAACUGGAUGAAAUGUUAA